AGCUUGCGGAUAUAGACGGAACCGCGGAGAAAGCUGGGAAUGGAAAGUGGGAAGUUGCCGAGAAGAGGCUUCUGAGAAAGAGAGGUUACCGCCUAAGGCGAGGCAGCCUCCCGAACGACAUACCAUAAGAGUAGGCCCGUAAAGAAGAAUAUAGCGAUAGGCUGUAGAAACACUCAAUCGCAAUGGACGUGCGGGACGCCUUCGUGGCGAACAACGUCAGAUCCGUCGUCGAGAGAGGCGACCUGGUCAAUCAUUAUCCUUUUAUGGAGAGCUUCGAAAAUGGAGUAGUGCUCAUAAUAGACGUGUCAGGGUAUUCACAACUUGCGGCAUAUCUGCAACAACAAUAUGGCGACACUUCCGGAGCACGUAUCCAGACCCUGUUAAAUCCUCACUUUUCGGGCAUGAUCGACGCCGUCCAUAGACAUGCGGGAUCUGUCGUAAAGUUCGCUGGGGAUAGCUUGGUCGCAGUAUGGACAAGUUCGUCCAACGGCGCCAACGGUUCGAGAUUCCUCAGCAUAGAUGAGGACGGGAAUGAGACACAGUUCAACCCACAACCCCGCGAGUCGACAAUGGACAUGCAGAUGCGAGGGGUUUCGACAAGACCUAAAGGGUUCUGCGACUUGACCUCGGCGUUUCUCUGCGGACUCGACAUCUUAUUGAUGGUGGAUGUGCUGGGACGGAACAUGGAAGGCGACACCGCAUCGCCCGAACAGCAGAUACUGCAAGGGGUGACCGCCCAUAUGGGUCUUGGUACUGGAGUGACGAACCACGUACAUGUGGGAAAGCCCACAGAGUGCUGUGAAUACUUUGUGUCUGGGGCCUCUGUGCGGACGGCGUCUGUCAUGUUGGAGACCGCUCAGCAGAAUGAGCUCGCGGUGACGCUCGGCGCUUGGGAAAGGAUAAAGAGCGCUUUUGAGGGAUCCUGUCCCCUGGCUGCGGCAGCGGCAGGGACUCUGGAUAAGCUCGUGGACCCCGUCGUCGUAAACGGCGAACAUGUCAUCAUCAGAUCAAAGAUCUUUGCGUCUGACUAUCUGAGGCACCAGCUGACAUGGCUGUUCACAUUGUUCUCGAACGACGCAGUGCCGCUAAACUCACCUACCGCCGAAAUCAACCCUUUCCACACGAUCGUCGCUCCAUCCUCUCGACUGAACGACUACAUCGCAAAGACGAUUGUCCACCACCUGUCGUCCACCACCCUGCGCGAACUGGGAGAAACGAGCGAGCUGCGGAGUUGUGCGGUCACCUUUGUGCGGUUAUGCGGAGACGUAGCGGCACGCGCAACGAGCGAUGACGCCUCCUGCCUGUCUGUGCUGCAGGUGGCCAUGACAACCGUCCUGGAGGCGUUGACCCUAUUCGACGGCUGCCUCCGCCAAUACAACGUCGACGACAAAGGCCCUACCCUGCUCCUCGUCUGGGGCGUAGAACGCUACGCCCACGAGCAAUCCGAAGCCUCCUUCGCCCUGCACGCCGCGCUCCGCAUCGCCCGCAAACUCGAACAGACAUUCGGUCCAGGGUCCUUCUCCAUCGGCGUCGCGGCCGGCGUCGUCUUCUCUGGCUUCGUCCUGUGCGAAAAACGCAGCGACCACACCAUCCUCGGUGUGGCCGUCAACGACGCCGCGCGGCUCAUGUGCCACCCGCUCGCCAGCGAACAUGCCAUCCUGGUCUCUGAGGACGUGUACAAGGCAUGUAAGGACGAGUUCCUGUUCUCGCCCACCUCGCAUGUUGUGCAGAUCAAAGGCUCCAUCGAUCCCAAACGAACAUAUAUACCCAUACGGCCCCUCAAUGCGUCGGCGAGAUGGCGCCAGGGCGAUCGGUCGAAUCCGCCCAAAUUAAUUGGGAGGGAGAGGGAGAAGAUGAUCAUUAGGCAUGCAUUGGAGGAUUGGAAGAACGGGGAACCCACUACCUUGGUGAUAGAGGGGAAGACGGGCACGGGCAAGACGCUACUGGGUGAUUACACGAUCCAUGAAGCGUCGAAGGUACCCAACUCCCUCAUCAGUGUUGGCCGCUCCAGCGAGAGUCAGAAGUUUGUUCCCUUCCAUGCCCUCAGCGUCAUCCUGACCAGCCUCUUCACCGACAUGGACGUCGAGCUGCUGACCAAGAAAGCCGCCCAUCUGAAACGCAAGGCGGGGCGGUUCGACGAAGCUGACCGGAUUGAGCAGUGGAGCGGGGUCAAGUACUCGACCGCGGGGAGGAGGUCACGGAGUGUUAGUAUGAGCGGUCUGGCGACGAGUCUCAGCGGUCUGGAGGCGCUCCAGUUUGAGACCACCUUGGCGAAACUCGACUCGCUCAACAAUUGGUACGACGCGGGCGCAGAAGCGAAGACCACACAGUCUUUGUCCCGGCCCAAGGUGGCUACCGCCGACAAGUUCCCGCCCAAACGCCGAAAGACAUUCGGGGCGCAGUUCCUACCACCCAAACCCAUGGACUUGAAUUCAAGCCGAACGGAUCUUUUAUCACCAACAUGGGAGCCUCACAGGUCCGCAGACGACGAAGACGGGUCCGACGAAGAAGGCGGCGAGUCCGACGGCAUGACAGCCGCCUCAGGCAGCACGCGAGUCGACUCCCUCCACUCCCGCACCCCCGCGCUGCAAUCCUCCACCUCCUACCCUGCAAUCAACGCCCACACGCAAACGAGCGCGCUGUCUUGCCACCCGUCCUGCCCGCGCCGCAACAAGAUGCAGAGGGAUAUGAGCGCUAACACGGGCGAUGAAUUUGGCGCGGUGCAUAUGCCGGAGUGCUUCAAUGCGAAGAAUACGUCUUUGUUGGGUUAUAUGAAUCGGUUGACUAUCAAGGUGCAGAUUAUAUUGAGGCUGUUGGAGAUUGAGGAGCCGUUGCAAUACCUGUUGAAUGAUGUGAUACCCACCAAUUUCGAAACAACACGAGGCUACAACAUCGUCUUCUCGCAAGAGCGGACGAGCCACCUGAUCGCCUUUGUAGUCCGGAUACUCAACACGCUCACCGAACGGUUCGAGAUCCCCAUCAUCCUGAUGCUAGAUCACGCCCAAUGGACCGACUCGAUCGGGUGCCAGCUGUUCAGCGACAUUUCACGGCAAUGCAAGCGCGUGCUGUGUUGCUGGCUGACGCGGCCCGUCGGGGAGUACAUGUCUGAUCUUCCUCGGAAGCUUUUGGAGCGGAUUAUGGAGGGUGAUGUGGAGAGGGUUGCGACUUCGGGAGCGAGUAGUGAUUCGGACGAUGCGUCGUUGGCGACCGUCGUGGCGGACUUGAAGGAGGUUGUGCCGCCUGCGACGGUGAUUUCGCUGCAUGGGCUGGAUAUCGCCGCGUCGGAGGAAAUGAUCAUGGAGAUCGUCCGUGGGAAAUUUCCAAAUGCUACUGCCCCCGAUGCCGGGUUAGUCUGCGAGAUCUACCGCCGCACGGGCGGGAACCCAGUCAUGAUUCAGAUGUUGUCGUCGAGCAUGCUGCAGCGGCUAGACGGACAGGUUCUCGACGGCGUGCUGCAGUUCUCCCGCUCGUCGUCGGCCGCAUCGACGCAGUUCGAUGACGUGCUGCCCGCCGACGCCGCCACGGCCGUGCUGUCGAAACUGGAUCGCACGAGCCCCGCCAUGCGACACGUGUUACUCGUUAUGAGUGCCGCGGGGCAGUACACGCAGCUGCACACCCUCGCGGCCGCAUUGAUCCGCAACCCCAUCAAAGAGUUUGCAAAUUUCCACCUGGAGACCAUCGAGGGGCAACAACGGCUGCUUGACUUCCUGCAGGAGAACGACCGUUUCGGGUUCCUGAAAUACACGUUCGAGCGGGACCCCGACGCAGCUCACCUCCUCGAACUCGACGCCGUCGAAUGCGCCAACGUGCCCCCACCCCCCACAGCCCUCUACUGCUCCGAGCUCUACUUCCACCACUACCUCGUUUACCAAUCCAUCUACCGCUGCCUCAUCCCCUCCCGCCGCGCAACGCUGCACGCCUCCUACGCCGCCCACUACGCACACUACAUGGACUCCUCCAAUAUCUCCAACGAACGCGGCCAGCGCGACGCGAUGCUCUACGUCAUCAACCUCCACCUCGACCGCUGCCGCGCACUCGUCCCCAGCACCACCCUGAUCCGAUUCGCACAUGAAGCCUACAAAUCCUCCGUCUCCCGCGCUAUCGUCGCAGAGGCCCUCAUCGCCUACCAGCGCCUCGAGGACCUGAUGGCGACCUACCCCGACGCUGCGCAACGGGUGCUGAGCCUGUACGACCGCGUGCGCGUGUGCAGAUUGAUGUGCGAUAUGUGGAUCGCUGCGGUGGAUUAUUCGCAGGCGUGGGAGUAUUUUGUGAAGGGCGUGCGGUAUCUCGGGCAGGAGGUGCCUGAGGUGAGGACGGGCAAAUGGUGGCGUUUGGUACUUAGGCAGGUUGUGAAGCAUUUUUUGGUGAGGGUUGUGAAGAGGCAUGAUGUUGUUGAGCGCUGGGUUUUGAGGGAUUUGAGCAAAAAAUUCCCCAUUGUGAAACACGACAUGUCGAUGGUCCGGCAAUGCGCCAUUGAGCUCAUGGACCUCUUUGACAGCGCGCUGCAUAUCGCCGUCCAUCAGAAUAGCUCAGACUGCUAUUUCGCCCUAUUGUUAAUCAAUACAAGUAAGUUCCUCACCGCGGCGCGUGCUUCGAAGUUUGCCAAUUUUCUUCUAACGCGGGCUUGAAUUCCAAGACGUCUCGGAAUGCCUCCGCAGCGUGCACCCCGACCGCGCCCGAACCGCCUACAUGCGCAUGGGCAUGGGCCUCCAACAACUCGGC